GGCUCCUCGUGCCCAUUCACGGCGGCGGUACGGGCGCGCUAAACGAGCGAAUGCAACGACGGCCACCCGCGUCUGCGCCGCCCGCAGCCGCAGCAGCCGCAGUGGCGGCGCCAGCGGUCGCCGAAGCUCCGUCGGCAGAGGCCACACCGCUCAGCAUUCGGCUCACGCGGCGGUCGCUGCUCAAGGCGGUCAGCGCCAGCGCGCUGCUGCAGGAUUGCGGUGCGCUACUCGGUGACUCGCGCGGAUCGGCGGUGACCAACAGCUUGGCCGUGGUCGUGCCAAGGAUUGACGUCUUUGUCUCUCACAGCUGGGCCGCCAGCCGCGCCCAAAAGUUCCUCGCCCUCGCGAUCUACUUCAACCGCCCUCGGCUCGCCCGCGUCAGCCUGGCCGCGUUCGCGCUCUGCUUCGCGGCGGAGGCGGCGAGCUUGCCGCAGCAGCUGCCGAGCCUCUUUCCCGACCUCGUCUUCACCUCGACGGCCGAUGACCCCGUUCGAAUGCACCUGCUCUUCACGCACCUCUUCCUGCUGCUGCCGCUCGCCCUGCUCCUCGGCCGCCCGCCGCCGCAGCGGUGCUUCCUCGACAAGUGCUCCGUCGACCAGGUGGACGUGCACGCCAAGCAGGAGGGGAUCCGCAACAUCGGAGCCUUCCUCGGCCACUCGGACCGGCUGCUGGUCUGCUGGGACGAGACGUACCUCUCGCGGCUGUGGUGCAGCUUCGAGCUGGCAACCUUCCUCCGCCUCAAGCAGGCACCGCCGCAAACACCUCUCUCUCUCUCUCUCUCUCUCUCUCUCUCUCUCUCUCUCUCUCUCUCUCUCUCUCUCUCUCUCUCUCUCUCUCUCUCUCUCUCUCCGCCCUUGCAGGAGCGGCUCGGGGCCCUACUCGGACUCACGCCCUCCGCGGCGGCGCUGCUCGUCCUCUUCCUGCUGCAGCUUCCGCAGGCGCUUCUCUGCCUCGCCUGCUCUGCGUGGGCGGCGAGGCGGCGGCUCCUCCUCCACCGCCAGAUCGAGAGCUUCUCGCUCCAGUCGCGCGAGUGCUUUGACGAGGCGGACCGGCCCCUCGUGGAGGACUGCGUGGAGCGGCUGUGGAGCGGCUGUGGUGCACACAAGGGCCGCGCGUGUGGCGGCGGCGAGGUGCCGCCGCUGCGCGCCGCCCCGGCAGCAUCCCCGGGCAUCGAGGCCUUCAACUCGUACGUGCGCCGCGUCCUCUCUCGCGUCGUCGAGCGGCGCAUCGGCGCGAUGCGCAGCCUGCCGUACGCCGACCUCGUCCUCUCCUCCUCGUGGGCGGCCCUCUACUCGCUCGACGUCGCCGCGGGCCUCUACCGCCAUGGAGGCGGCACGGCGAACCCGCAGCCGACCGCACUGCGCGCCCUGUUCGCUUGUUUCGCAAUCAGCUUGAUCUCGUACCCGCUGCUGCAGCUCUGCCUCUGGAACGUCGGCGCCAGCGUCGCGCGGCUGACGGCGCACGACGACGCGCACGACGCGGCGGGGCGCGGCGGCGGCGGCGCUGAAGGAGUCUGCGCGUGGGCGGGCGGCUGGAGCCGGCUCGGCCGGCUCGGGCUGCUGUCUGUCGCUGCCGCCGGGACGCUGCUCGCGGCGUCGACCAGCGUCCUCUACCAGGCGUUGCAUAUCCGGCUGCUCUCCGGGCGUUUGGGCGCGGGCGUCGUGGCGGUAGACGUGGGCCUCGGCUGGCUGCUCUGGCGGUGGGGAAGCUUCAGCGAGGGCGGUGGUGCUGGCCAGGAGGGGCCAGGUAAGGAAAAGGCGAUGUGAGCACAUAGGGGCAUUGUGGUACCAUGGUACCUCGUCUACAGACUAUACGUGUGUACACGGACCCACUCUCGGACCGACACCGUCUGCGUAACUUUUCAUGGAGAUGAGGCGUGUGGGAUCGCUUCUGUUU